UGGUUCCAGAACCGGCGUGCCAAGUGGAAGAAACGCAAGAAGAGCAGUUCAGUGUUCAGGUCUGCUGGUUCACUACUGCCCUCACCCUCCCUGCCGCCCUUCCCGCCCAUGGGCGGCGAUUCCUUCUGUGGCACCAUGUUCCCUUCCUCGGACACCCGCUGGACCAUGGGCGGCAUGACGCCCAUCAAUACCGGUGUGGGUAGUGGCACUCUGGGGUUGACAUCACCUCUACAGCGCCAAGGACUGGGCCAGCUUGGUCAAGGCGGCAUGAGUAUCUCCCAGUCCUUCAGCCAGUCCCUCGGCCAGGGCUUUGGCCAAGGGUUCGGACAGGGGCUGGGCCAGGGGCUGGGACUAGGCCAGGGUCAGGGGCUGGGUCAGGGGCUGGGGCAGGGGCUGGGUCAGGGGCUGGGACAGGGUCUGGGUCAGGGUCUAGGGGGCUCAACGUCGCCCAUACCGUCAGGGUUGUCGAACAUGGGCGGCACACCACCCACCUCCAUGUACCAACCACACUACCAGGCCUUCAGUUCUCUCAACACCGCCCUGGGUGAGUACGCAGGAUCACCUCUGAACUCCCCAGGACUUCCCAACGGCCUGGGUUCUCCAGCCACACCUCCCAACAGCGGCUCCUCCUCCCCAGCGUCACACCACCACCAGCAACAGCAACAACAGCAGCAGCAGCAACAGCACCAACAACAGCAACACCAACACCAGCAGCUGGGUGGCCAACAGCAACAGCCGCACCAACAGCAACAGCAGCAGCAGCAGGGUCAACUCAACUGUGCCAUGGGUUCCAUGGGCAUGGGCGUGGGCGUAGGCGGGGAAGACAUGUGGCGUGGGUCGAGCAUCGCCCAGCUCAGACGUAGAGCCUUCGAGCACUCAGCUUCCAUGGUCGUCUUCAGGUAGAUGACAAUCUUCGAAGUUGAUUGAGGGUGCAAUAAACUAGUAAGACUCUCUCAACUCCGGAGGGGGAGGGAACGGGUGGUAAUUACGUUUGAUCCAAGGAAUGAGAGCUUAAAGAACAAAUACCGUGACUAGAACAAUACACAAAUAACCCGCACAUAGGAGAGAGAAAGAGAGAGACGCUAACUAAACGACGUUUCGGUCCGACUUGAACCAUUUACAGUCACACUGUGACUUUGUAAAUGGCUCAAGUCGGACCGCAACAUUCUCAUAAGCUUCUCUCUCCUGUGUCCGGGUUAUUUGUGUAAUAAGAACUCAGUUCAAAUACCUUGGAGAUUAGCGGUUACGAAGAAUUUUUAUACAUAUGGAGAACUGGGAAUCGAUCUGGUAGCCUCGUUGACUCGCACCAGUGUUGUAACUACUAGGCUACAAUUGUCACAGUCAUGCCAGACCAGUGUUGUAACUACUAGGCUACAAUUGUCACAGUCAUGCCAGACCAGUGUUGUAACUACUAGGCUACAAUUGUCACAGUCAUGCCAGACCAGUGUUGUAACUACUAGGCUACAAUUGUCACAAUCAUACCAGACCAGUGUUGUAACUACUAGGCUACAAUUGUCACAGUCAUGC